UGAUAUAAUUUCCACUUUGACUUAUUUAAUUUGGUCAUUUGUAUUGGUAAUUUUUAGAUUAUUUUUGACCAACACUUUUGCUACUUAAUAACCUUAUCCUUCUAUGUCAUGAUACUUUAACUAUUAAUCACUUAACUGCGCGAUAUUGCUAGUUGAGCAACCUUUAUUUGUUAAAUCUUAUUAACUUGUCAUUGUUUGGUUUACAUUUUUUUCCUCACUCACUCUCAAUCUCAUCUUUUUUUUCCUCUCACUCCUUUCUGUCUACUUUUCUUUAAAAUCAUAGAGUAAAAAUUUAAAUCUUUACAGUUGCUUGAUAAAUCUGUGUGUUUAUUAACUUCAUCAUCACCCUUAUCAUUGCCAGUUAUUUUUUCAUUUACUUUGGUUGUUAAUCUGAAUGGUCUAAUGAGGGACCAACAAGGCCCAAACAACACCAACAAUACUUCUCGGUUCCGAGUUUAUCCUACUAUGGCUGCAUCCCAUAGAAGAGCUCAAGCUUCUCUGAUGCCAUCAAGUCAAAGUAUCAGUUUGCUGCCGGUUACAAAAUUCAGCCACUUAUGGACGAUCAAAAAUUUCAGUUAUAUUCCUAGUGAUACCGAAUUCAUCUGCUGUCCUAAUUUUUCGCCACCUAAUUCCAAGGAUAAGUGGUUUAUGAAAUUGAGACCCAAAACUUUAGAUGAACAAUCUGGCAUUGAGUAUAUUGGUAUUCAUUUAUUUUUAAGGUCCUGCGAAGACAGGACAAAACAGCAAGUCAGAGCAAAAUAUGUGAUAUCGGUGCUGGAUGCCGAAGGUGAUCCAAGGUACACUGGAGAAUGUAGUCGACAUGAGGGAAGAAUAUUUAAAGCUGGAACCGAAGGUCAUGGAUAUAAGCUUCUAGCUCCUAGAGAAUUACUGCUUAAUCCUGCUAAUAACAUGCUCGGAGCAGAAGAUUCUCUUCGCAUAUUAUGUGAAAUCACCAUGUUUGGAGAAGUGACUUCUUCCUUGGUUCCCUGUCCUGACAAUGAGCAUAUUGAGCUAAUCUACCCUGAGGAAGCUUUGGCUCGCCACUCGAUCGCCAGUGAUCUUACUAAUUUUUUGACCAACGGAGCUGAGAAAACAGACGUAAUUUUGGAAGGAAAAGAUAAAAUCCAAGUCAAAGCCCAUAAAAUUAUCUUGUCAAUGAGAUCGAAAGUAAUCGGAGCCAUGUUCUCCCACGAAACCAAAGAGAAAGCAGAAAGUAAAAUUGAAGUUAAAGACAUCGAUGGAGCUGUUUUAAGAGAAAUGAUUAAUUUUAUUUAUACCGAUAAGGUUGGAAACCUCGAAGAGUAUGCCUGUGACCUGCUUAUUGCUGCAGAUAAAUAUGAUCUACCUAAACUAAAGAUGUUGUGUGAACAAUAUCUUGCCUCUAAAGUUACCAUUGAAACUUCUGGUGAAAUUUUAGCUCUAGCUGAUGCAUGUAAUAGUAUUGAACUGAAAGACAAAUGUUUAGAGUUUGUGGUGAGAAAUUCUCAUAAAAUUGUUAACGCCGACUCUUGGGAAUCACAAGUAGGAAAAAGACCGUCUCUUUUCAAGGAAGCAUUCGAGUUAAUGGCAAAGCGACCAAGAGCAAAUUAAUCGAGAUAUUAGGUUAGGAUAAAUAAACAAAAAAGGAUGGAUCAUCCAUAAUUUUCUGCUUCAUGGAAAAGAAGAGUGCAAUUUUUUUUUCAUCCACAGAGUACAAUGAAAUCGUUUCAAACACACGGCGAAGAAGGAAAAGUCAGGGGAAAAGAAAAGAAUCAACUAUCAACUGCAAGACAAAAGAGCACAAAACUAUCAACCAUUUCCUACUUUUUUAUGUAAAAAUCCACCUCUGUAAACAUUUUUUUAGUUAAGGUCUCUAUAUUUACUCACACUGUCUCUUCUCUUGCCCCCCUCUCUUAAUCUUGUGCUUGGAUAUGUUUUUUUUCAUAACAGCUGAAUCUUUGAACGAAUCCUGUUUGGAUUGGUCUGAUAGUCUGAUUGUCAUACAAUCAGAACACAUGUUCACAAAUUUAUUUAAUAUAUAUUGCUUGGUUCAUACUUUUUCUUUUCCUCUUCCCUUGUUUUCCUUUUGCCUUUAAAUGAUCCAAUUGUUUCAAAAUCACACCUUAUUCAUAUGCAUAUAUAUAUAUAUAUUUAUAUUUGUAACUUCAUCAUUUUAAGAAUGAUAUAAUCCUGUUCAUGUUUUUUUUGAUUUAUAUCAUCUUUUUUUGACUUUCUUUCUCUUGUCACAGUUGUAACUCCUUCUUUACUCUCUGCUAUAUUGGUCAACUUUCUUUUAAAAUGAUUUCUAUUGAUUAAAAACAAUAAACGAAGACAUUGAGCAAUAUUAAAA